UACAUGUGUUUGCAUACUUAGUGUAUAAGGGAUUACACGUUAUUAUACAUGAAUGGUAACAAAGACUAUGGUCGACGUUCCGAAAAAAAAUACUUCAAAUGCAACAUGUUGGAUAAUAUUUUUUUUAGUUUCCAAUUGUCUUACUUCUUUAAAUGGACUUGAAGACCCACCGUUGUCGUUACGAGAAAUGCUUAAACGACUAAUUGAGAUGAAUAAACCCGUUAUUAAUGAUGACAGACAAAACAAAUACUGCAGCUACAUAAUGCGAUUUUUGUCCUAUUUUAGCGGAGAAAGAUGUAUGGUUGCCGGAAGUACUCAGGAGCAGACACGUUUAAGAAUCAGACAAGACGAAGGGGAUUUCGACUAUUUAAUAAUUUCGGCAAUAUCUAUUCCUGUUAGUGCUUUAGAGUACAGAGAGGAUCUUCCUUGUUUUGUCCACAUAAAUGGACUUCAGUUGGUUGAUCAACUUCCGACUCUUCAACUGAUUGAUUAUCGUUAUCUACCAAGUAAUUUACUUAGUGAAAUUAGACCUGAAGCUUUCAAGCAUAUGCGAGAUUUUCACAAACUACUCUCAAAUUUUAGAAGAACACGUGGUCGCAACAGUUUGCAUGUGUCAAUAGAUCAUAAUAUAAAGCCAGGAAAAACGUUAGUUUCGUACCGUGAUGUUGAUUGUCCAGCUUUAGAUAUGAAAUACGUUAAAAGUAAUACGAAACUUAUAUCUGAUAAUUUAAAGCAAAGUAUUGACCAGCAGAUAUUUGAUAGAAAAUAUGACUUAAUGUCUCCGCUUAAAAAAGGAGCUAAUUUAGUAAACGCUUUUAAGAAAGCUGACAUCAAAUCAGAUUCAGAGGGGUCUAUUUUUUUACAAACAUAUGGCUCCAUUAUCGAUGCUCUUUCUUUUGAAACUGCUGAAAACAAUCAAAACGUAACAGAUACCUGUCCAAAUAAGGAAUUUUAUAGAAAAAACAAACAAUCUAUGAGUAGGAAGACAAAAUUCAACAAUAUUGAUUAUGAUUUCAAUGGAGAAGAGUUCGACAAAGGCGAUGUGAUACUAAAAUACAAAUCAAAAUCAAGCAAAGAUUUUAUACCAGCAUUCCCACUUGCUGGGAAGCCAAGAUUUCUUGAUGAGUGGAAACGACGUAAACGUGUCUGGCCUCCAGAACAUGUAGUGAAUGAUAUUCACAAUAGUGAGUUCUUUAUUGUUGCAAAACCGGCCUUGACUAAACAAGAGAGAAACAAAGAUUUUUGUUUGGCAUACAACAACGGUGAAAUAAAGCUGGCGAGAGCAAUGACAAGUGUUCAAAAGAAAGUUGUUCUCAUUCUUAAAGCUAUCAAAAAGAGUUUUUUGCAAGAUUAUUCAGAAAUAUUAACUACUUUUCAUUGGAAAACAUCAGUUUAUUGGAAAUCAGAAACUCUCAGUUCGUUGUUACUGGAGGAUACAGAAGACAACGUAUUGGAAUUGUUGAUAAAAGUUCUAGAUUACAUGAUUAGUUGUUUGCGAAGAAGGGAACUGCAACACUUCUUUAUUCCAAGCAAUCUUUUUGCGGGGAUGAAUGAAAACAUUUCUUUUGAAAUUGCAAAAAAAAUUACGAAAAUUCGGGAAAAUCCAAUCAAAGCUUUAAAUGCUUUUUUCGCUGAACAGAAUUUUGAUGAAGUAAAAUAUGAAAAAAUUCCUGCAGCAAAAGUAGCAGAAUUCCGGAAAGCAUAUAAUGAUCCAAGCGAAAGUUCAAAUAUUGAUAUUUUAAUUGCUAUACUAAAGAGAUUUUCGAUUGAAAGUGAAGAAAAAGUGAGGGCGGCAUUGCAUGACGUGCUCACGGAUGCACUACCAUUUUUCAUUGAAGAAAUGGCAAGAAGACGUGAUAAGAGUCAAGUAAAUUUACCCUUAAAACAGUUAAUACUGUCAACUAAUAUUCGCAAAGAAAGUUUUAUUGACAUGGUCGUUAACCAUUUAUUUGACAAAGUAAGAAAAAAUGAAGUUAAUGAUAAAAACAUUGCUCAGAUUUUGAUGACUCUUAUUUUACAAAAAGUAUUAAAUAAAUAAAAAGAUGUUACUUCUCCUGAAAUAUGGCGUCAUCAUGCAUCCUGUAUACCUAUUGCACUUUGUAGAGAGUGAGAGGUUUAGCGCUAUAAAACAAGGUUCAAUCCACCAUUUUCUACAUUUGAAAAUGCCUGUACCAAGUAAGAAAUAUGAUAAUUGUUGUCUAUUCGUGUGGUGUGUUUUCUGUUUUGAAUUUUCCUCGGAGCUCAGUAUUUUUGUGAUUAUACUUUUUUUUUAUGUAAAUACAGCUGUUUCUCAAACCACGCCUCUUUUGGGAAGAUAUUGAAUAUUCAUAGAUAAUUAUUUGUUUUUACGUACUGGUUCCCAGUUAUGAUAUCUGUUUUUCAUCUCAUAAACAUAACUUGGGAAUGUUACCAGUACAUACGCAUAUACAUAGAUAAUGAAAAUUCCUAAAGGAACUUCCUUUACGGCUUAAACUGUGCCACUUUUACUAUGAAGUUUCGUAAAAACAGUUUAUCCUUGAAUGCAGAUAUUUAAUAUGCACUACUAUUUUAAUCAAAUUGAAAACAUCGGUUCGGCAUAUUUUCAACAUUAAUAUGUCCCGAAUUUCCAAAAGUUCAAACUUGUAAAAAUAUUCUGUAAAAUCCUUCCCUACACAUUUGGUCUUCUUCAGACAUAUGCGUCCACUUUCUAAAUUUACCUUCAUCAAGAACGUCCAAAGCUGUACAGUUGAAAUCUAAGGAUGUUUUAGAACCAAAACACUUUAAAAACAGCUAUCGGUGAGAAUAUUGUUUUGAUCUGUGCGUCGAUAUUUUUUAUCUGUUUUCAACUUAUAUUGACUGUUGCUUUUUAUUUGUUUCAACUAUUUAGACUGUUGUUUUUCAUCUGUGUUUUAAUUACUGAGGUUUGUUGUUUUUAUAUGAUUAUCAAUAAUGUUUUAUAUACUAGUCAACAAAAGAAACGAUACAAGACUUUUUUUUAAAUUAAAGAUACAGUUUUCCGUUCAUUGGACCAAUAUUGAAGGAACUAAUACUUAAUCAUUAUGGAAAUAUAAAUCCGUUUAAAAAACUUUUUUUUUUUAUUUCGUGACGUUUUUUGCUAAAAAAAAUUUUUAUAAAAAUUUACAUAAAACGACAAUUUUAAAAACAGAAGUUCCAACUAAUGAUGCCAACCUCUCAUGUGAAGGUAAAGACAGUGUUUGCCAUUAAUUUGUUUUUAAAAAUCAUACAGUUCCUUCGUUUAUUUUUUAAGCAAAGUUCGGCCCCACGAGAAAUCGUUAAAAUGUAUACAUUAUCAACUGAUUUACCAUAGACAGUAUGUGUAAAGUGAUAUUCCAAAAGCGGACACAUUCUUAAAACUAAUCCGAAAGGUUCCAAAUUUACUGUGUGUUGUUUUCACAUCUAAACCAUUGAUUUGAGACGAAAAUAAAAAUAUUAUUUUUUUUGAAUUUUUCGAGAUUUCAAAAAACACUUUUUACCCCAAAAAUUGAAAAAAAACAAUAUUUCAACCCAUUAGUUACAACAUGAUCAUAACUUGAUAAGCAUAUUGAAUAUUUUUUAAUAAAUUUGAGUUUUUUUCAUAACUUAGAAAAUUAUGUGUCGAUUUUUUAUUCAACUUUCCGCAAAACUAAUUUGCACCCAAUGAUCGUUUACACGGAAUUUAGAUACUUUCCGACAAGUUUUGAUUUUCAUUAUCACAUGUGCAUAUAUUGCAAAUAAAAGCUUUUUAAAAUAACGUAUCUUAUUUUGUUUUAUAUUUAAUAUGUUUUGAUAAAUUUUAUUUCAAAGUCGUGUAUUGUUUCUUUUGUUGACUAGUAUAGUUUCAGAGUGUUCAUUAGGUAAUUGAACAAUAUUCUAGGAUGUGUGUAUCAUGUUGCUUUUAAAUAGUGUUCAUACAUUUAUACCUAUUAUGCAUUCGUUAC